AUGGUGCGCGUGCCCGGAUCUUCUGAGGCCUCUGGAUUUCACCGUGAGUCCACUGGCGAAGAUGUCAAGAUUAAGCAAGAACCUGGGAUUGAAGUGUCAGCGACAAAGGGAUCGACGCAGACACGCAGAAGCACAAGAUCCUCAGAUCAUCAGAGUUUUGGGAGGGGCUCUGAUGAAAUGAAAAUGAAAGAGGAAGAUCGAGAGAUCGAUCUGGAAGAUAAACCUCAAUUCCCUCCUAGGGUCCCUUCGGGGGCCACCGCAGAUCGCACUGCAAAGCGCGAUCUGCUGGAUGAAAAUCCAAUGGUGAAAACCAAAUCGGCGAAAGCCAAACCCUACAUCUUAGUCGAUAGAUCGCCCGACCUCAAGCCGAAGAGCACAAUCGCGAGAUCGACCACAUCAGAACGAUCCGCGACGAGAUCGAUGGGAUCAGAUGUCAAAGAUCGCCAGAUCGGCCGAACCGUGCAAUCGAAGAUUGGAGCCAAAGAGGAAUACGAUGAAACACCAGAUAAGAUCGCGAUGCCAAAGACGGAACAUAACCCAAUAAAGAUCGCGUCCAUGGAGAAGGAGACGACGGGUGAAGCGCGGGGAGCGUGCAAAAUGGCAGUACUAUUAUGGCCAGUUGAAGACGCUGCUCAAGACGGACCCAGUGUUCAAGAUAUUAAGGCCCAAGGUGAUUGGUCCUCUGGAUAA